CUCAGCAAGACAACACAAAAAAUGACGACUCGUCUUUGCAACACACAGCUCCAUUGGCAUCAUCUACAUCCUCAUACCCGAGACGAAAAGCUUCUCACACGUACUUAUAUGUGCCCAGUCUUGUAUCAUGUGACUGACCAAAUUUUCGCAGUCUGUCACGUUAAUUCCCACUCUUCCAAUGUUAAUGACUUGCAGGUAGUCAACAUGUCAGCUCCACCUCAAGUCCGAGUUGGCGUUGGUGUCUUCAUCCUCGAAUCUUCCUCGGAGUCACCCUCAAAUCCUUCAUUCCUAAUAGGAAAGCGGAUUGGCUCUCACGGUGCAGGAACCUACGCUCUCCCUGGCGGUCAUCUCGAGUUUGGCGAGACCCCUGAAGAAUGCGCCGCUCGUGAAGUUCUGGAGGAGACUGGCCUGAAGAUUUCCAACAUCAAGUUCUCAACAGCGACAAAUGAUGUGAUGGAGAAGGAUGAGAAGCACUAUAUCACGCUGUUCGUUGUUGGCGUUCGAGACGAUGUGAGCCAGGUACCGGAGGUGUUGGAGAAAGAGAAGUGCGAGGGAUGGGAGUGGCUUAGGUGGGAAGAACUGGUGGCGCUGGUCGAGAGGGAUGGGAAGGGAGAUGAGAUGGAGAGGAGGUUGUUCAUUCCGCUCUUGAAUAUGGUGAGGCAGAGACCCGGUGUGGUGCCAGCAUUGAAGUAACUUGUGGAGGUCUCUGCUUAAGUAUGUAAUCGGAUCAGGACGGGUGGGUUUUGACAAAGCAAAAUUUUGAUUAUGUCUGUAUGUUCUUUCAGCCCAAGGUAUUGAGGUUCUAAUCAGGUCUGAUAAAUACUCCUGCGUCAGCACUGAACUCAAGAAGGCAGAAUGAGAAAUUAAGCAGUCCCAUAAAAUCUUGUAUUGUGGCGGACCACGACCCGAACACCCACAUAACAGGAGAGGUAGCAAUUCAAGGCACAAGGAGUACUUUGAUACAAAGAAGCGGAUUAAGCAAAUCUUAAGAUAUCACAUAUCUAAAGUGCGGGAUUUGUCAAAUAGGGGACAGGGAAGAGAAUGGAUUAGGUAGAAGCUCUUUAAAGAGCGUAGUUAUCGUGAUAAUCUCUAGUGGUGUUGUUGAUGAUAGUGUUAUAAAGGAGUG